AUGGCGGUCUAUGCCGAUGUGGCGGCUUUCCAGCGGGCUUUGAAGAAUGAGGAGAUCUACACGAGAAGCCAAUUUCUUUACCGUGUCAAAUGGGCAACUAUCCAGAACACUGGUCACUACCCAAACAAAGAAAACUUGAAAGCUUUGCUCUUCGCCAUGUAUGCCGGCCUCCUGCCUGUCCAGCACGUGUGUGAGACUUGUCACCAGCAUUUUUUUCUGAGAUACAGGUCUGACAGAUGCAUGUGGGAGUGGCACCAAGACAAGCUUGCAUAUGCGGAGUGCGAGAAGCAUACAAAAUCAUUGGCGAAAGGAACCGUGCUGGAGGGCGUCUAUGGCAAGAACUGGCUCAACUUCUUCGACGCCUUCUGCAUGUGGACCUUCGACUGUCCUCCAGCAUUGAUCCAAAGAGAAGUGGGCGUUGACCACAAGAGGCUGUUGCAGUGGGAAAAAGUCUGGCAUGAAGGUGUGGAAGCUGAUCUGCAAACACGUCUGGCCUCUUCGAAUAUCGCAGCCGUCCCGCCCCAGUCUGCCAACCGGACUCGCGGAGUCAAGCGGCCGGCAGCAGCAAAGAAGGGUGUAAAGCGACCUGCAGGCAUGAAGGGUUUCAAACGCCCAGCUGCAGCCAAAUUCAAUGCCAUGAAGCAAAAGAAGACCGCCAACGGUGCCCGCUUCUGCGCCCGGUACAGGCAUGUCAUCGAGGUGGAUGAGUCGCACCUGAAUAAGGCCAAGGCAGGACAUCUGACACGCUCGGGCCGCGUCCAAGCGGACCAAGUGUGGGUGUGGGGACGACCUCGCGGGAAGAAGGAAAUUUUGGAGUGCGUCCGUUUACUCAACAUCCCCAAGAAGACCAUUCUGGUGACCGAUGGCUGGAAAGCCACAAAGGCUGCCGUCAAAGCCUUCAAGCAGGAGAAAAGGUGGGGAGAUGAUGAGCUAUGGCAUGAGGUGGUCAACCAUAGCGCCGGCGAGAUUGUCAAUGCCAAUGGGUUUACCACCAAUCACAUCAAAAAUCGAUGGAGCACGGUCAAGCGCUGGGUGCCAAAGAGAUCCGGUGGCAUGAUGCCGCGACGCAAUGAUCGUUGCAAGUGGGCCCGGCUGUUGACCGAGCGCAUGGCCGAAGACGGCGUCCGGGUGAAGCGGGUCAUUGAGCAGCAUGGCGAUGGCACGGGAAAAGAGGAGUCAUGA